AUGGCUUCAGAAUACAGAAAUCGGGAGUUGGAUCUGGAGCACGAAACAACCAAGCUGUCCCUUCAGCAGACCUAUAAUGGCGACACUUCGAGAGAAGGGUCGAUUAGCGAGCCGAUACUUAAUGUUGGUGGACAUGGAGGCACACAGAGACGGCUACGAGACUACCAGGUUACCAUGAUUGGUUUCUGUAGUGGUAUCGGCACUGGACUCUUUAUCGGCACUGGCUCAGCGUAUGCGAAUGCUGGUCCUGCGGGAUUGUUACUUGCAUAUAUCAUUGUGGGCUUCAUCUUGUGGUGCGUGAUGCAGAGUAUAUCUGAACUGGCUACAUUGUUCCCUACAGCUGGAUCCUUCCCACAUUGGGCGACAAGAUUCAUCGAUCCAGCAGUAGGCUUCUCUCUUGCCAUCUCAUACGGAUACUGCUAUACCAUCGCAAUUGCAUCCGAGGCGUCUGCAUCGGCCGUGAUCGUCAGCUACUGGAGCAAUAUCUCACCUGCCGUGGUCAUCAGCGUCGCCUUGGUCCUGAUCCUGGCUAUCAACCUCAUGAGUGUCCGCUUCUAUGGAGAUAGUGAGGUUAUCGCUGGAAGCAUCAAAGUCCUUUGUUUCGUUGGAUUGAUAUUCGUAUCGAUUGUCAUUACUGCUGGCGGCGGACCCAGCGGCGAAGCAAUUGGCUUCCGCUACUGGAAUAACCCUGGGCCGUGGGUGGACUACAAUGGUAUCACUGGUUCCACAGGAGCUUUCCUCGGUCUAGUCUCCGCCUUCGUCAACGCUUCCUUCUCAUUCAUUGGGAUCGAGACGGUGGUUAUCAGCGCCGCAGAGUCCGUCAACCCUCACAGAGCCAUUCCGCGAUCUGCCAAUCUCGUCACCUACCGCAUUGGAUUCUUCUACAUUCUCGGAGCACUUCUCAUCAGCAUGAUCGUUGACCCGCGUAACCCAGACCUUGUAUCCGGGAGUGGAAACGCCGCCAGCUCUCCAUGGGUGAUCGCCAUCCGGCAAAGUGGAAUCGUGGCACUGCCAUCGAUCGUCAACGCGUGUAUCCUCGUUUCGGCAUGGUCAGCUGGAAACUCGUAUUGUUGGGUUGGAUCUCGCAUGAUCGUGGCCAUGACCACGGAUCAUCAACUCCCACAAUUCUUCGGACGUACUUGGAGCAACGGCGUUCCUUGGGUUGCGGUUAUAACCUCAUGGUUGUUCGGACCGCUGGCAUAUCUCAGUCUCGGUAGCGGAGGUGCCGCACAAGCGUUCACAUGGCUACUAAACCUGAGUACCGUAGCCGGGCUGAUUGCUUGGGCGACGCUCUGCUUUGCGUACAUUCGUUUCUACAGUGCUCUGAAGGCGCAGGGAGUCGACCGUGACACAUUGCCAUGGAAAGGACCCCUCCAACCAUACACUGCAUGGAUCGGCUUCAUCGGAUCAACCAUCAUCACCCUCGUCCAAGGCUUCCCAGUCUUCCUCAAGGGCAACUGGUCAACUUCCGAUUUCAUCGCAUCCUACGUCGGAAUUCCAAUCUUCAUUGUCCCCAUCAUCGUCUGGAAGGUGUGGAAACGUACAAAGUGGGUGGAUGCAAGCGCCGUGGACUUGUAUGCAGGUAGACUCAAGACUUCCCAACUGCGGCAUGAUCAUAAAGGGUCGGAUAAGACGUUUGGGAGGAAGUAUUUUGGAUGGCUUGUGUAG